AAUAAAAUUAAAAUUAGUGAUAAAAAUGAAUCAAGCAGAUGUAACCAAAUUGAUCUCCCAGUUGCGAAUUGCUGUUAGGCCCAGUCAGCGUAACUUGAAAAAUUCAGAUGGACCUGAGGGGCGCUUGCUAAAGCUACGUAAAACUGUUACCGCCUUGAUGAAGCAUGAGCGUAUUGAAUUGUACUACAAUCGAGCUGAUGAAGCUCGUGGUUAUGCCGAACUGCUUAUUUCCAAUGCCAUACGACAUGGGGACCGCCAUAAGGCCACCAUGGAACUAGCUGAUUAUUGGCUCCUGGAGAAACAGCUGGUCCACAAGCUGUUUAAAGUACUAGUUCCCCGCUACGAAAACUACAAUGUAUCUUAUACGCGAAUGUACAGAGCGCCUCGUGAUUAUCCAGGAAUGUACUACAGACAGUCGGUGCUAGAGCUUCGUGGCAAUCCGUACCCUUCCCUUGUAAUGGAUCAAUCACAUAACCGUAAUCUGCUGCACAAUGUGCUCCUUGAUGAGGCCAGGAAAGAGUUUAGGCGUAAAAAAUUAGCUGACUUGGUUAACUAGGAAAUCAAACUAUUUUCUUUGUUGGACUGGGAGUGCUUAUAUUUAAGACGUGAAAACUAACCAAUUAAAAGUGGACAUCCAUAUAGAA